CCAAAUUGUUCAGGUUCUUUUCAACUUUCGAUUACUUGUGUAGUGUACGUAUUGUUGUACGGUUAUAUUUUCUGAAUUAUGGCAGAUUUAGACGAUUUUUUCGCUAAGAAAGACAGAAAAAAAAGCAAAAGUAAUAAAAAAUUUUCCACAACUGACGAAGUGGCAAAAAAGUUAGAAGAUAAUGCUAAGAAAACGGAAAUAAAAAAGAAGCCGGAACGUCCAGCGGAUGGAGAGGAACCCAGCACACCUGAGGUGGAACAAGAUGAAUGGAAAGAAUUCGAAGAGGAAAAAAAGGAUUAUACAGGUUUAAAAAUUGGUAAUUUAAGUAUUAACCCGAACAAUGAUGGAAGUCAAGGAAAUACUGAUUCAAAUUCAGAACAACAACAAGGAGAGGAAGGAGAUCAACAAUCUGAUAGAAAGGCUGGUCCCUGGAAAAAGAUUGAAGAUAUGGAGAAUGCUGCACCACCUCCUCCUCCUCCCAAAGUUGAAGAAAAGCCCAAACCUCAAAACAGAACUGGAACGGGAGCUUAUGUCAUUCCAAAAUUGAGGCAUCAACAAAUUCAUAAUCGAAACCCCAAACCUGUUGUAAGGGGAGCACCUGAUGUUCAUAAUGAGGAAAUGUUUCCUACUCUGUCGAAAACUAAUGAAACGAGAAGAUCUAGAAAUGAAGGGAGUUUUGAAGUUGUGCAACACAGCAAAUCGAGUUCAUAUCGGCAUUUGGAACAAACAAGGAUGAAUGCUUCAGAAGGACCUAAGUUAACUCUUGGAAAUCGUUUCAAUAAACUUAGCCAUGAUAGCUAAUGUUUUGUACAGUAUAGGGACAUAUUUGAAAAAAAAAACGCGAAAAGAGGUUCAGGACUUGAGAUUUUAUUGUUUUUAUCUUCCUAUUUCCAAUACUGUACAGAGUGGUUCUAUAUAAAUUUUGAAUGAACUUAAUUGCUUUUUCCCAACAUCGAUAUGAAGAACUUUGUAUCCUUGUAAAUUUGAAGUGAGUACAUUUCGAUAGAAAAUUACUAAGGAAAAAUUUAUUUAUAUAAAUGAACUGAUAUUUGUUAUGUGUUGUGAAAAUACUUCCUAUUCAUUGGUUCACAAGAGUGUCAAUAAAACUUUGAAAUGAA